CAUAAAUCGUCAAUAAUUUAUUAUACCAAAGUGAUAAUGCAAAACUGAAAUAAUCAGUGCAAUAUAUAAAAGCAAACACUUCGCAUUCUGCCGUUUUAGUGCGCGUUCCGCGCUAUUCGAACGGUGUAACGGUUAUUUUUGCAAAUAAAAAACAUGUUUCGAUUCUCAAUCUUGAGCGCCUUACUAAUUCUACUCUGUCGUGGAGAGCCGGCCGAUGUUGCGCGCAUAGUGAAUGAUUUGAGUCGCGUCUUGGGUGCUACAAGUAAUGUUCUUUACAUAUUUGAUCCAGAAACGCAAUCCGCAGCCAUUACCAGGAACUUGACUUUGCCGAGGAUCAUAGUUACAAGAAAUGUAACUUUCAAUGUGAAGCACUCUUUCAAUAAGCAAAUAACAAGUGUGGUUUUUUUGACGGACACUGCAACUCUGAAUCAUAGCUUUCAUAUUAUAGUGUUUGACACUCUUAGGCGCUUGCACCACACAGAUGUGGUCUUCUAUUGGCCUUGGGAAUUCAGUACUGCGAGAGAAAUAUGGUUAGAACUCUUCACACUUUAUUGGCAACAUGGCUUCUACAAUUUGUUGGUGGUAGAUAUGGGCGGUCAACUCUUAACAUUGGAACCGUUCCCACAAUUGCGUGUCGUUAACACUACAUUAGAGUCGUACAUAAGUCAACGUAACAAUACUUGGCGUGAUUUAAAAGGUCACCGCUUACGUAUUUCUUAUGCACACGAGCCAUCACGUACCCUUAUUUAUUGUCUGCCAGAGACCGGCGAGCUGCAGUUCGAAGGAGUAGCUCCAAAAGUAUUUGCCGCUUUCGCAAAGCGUUAUAAUGCUACGAUUGAACCUUUGAUAGCACAAAACUCCGCUGAUUUCAACAUAUAUCACGUAUGCCGACAACGACUUCAAGAACGGCUUGUGGAUGGUUGCAGUGAUUGGUCCGUGCAUAGAGCAGAGGCGACUAUUAGCAUUCCGCUACAGUUAUACAACUAUUAUUUGGUUGUACCUUAUGCGCCGCCACUUUCCAAGCUUUAUUACUUCCAGGUGCCAUUUCAGGCGGCCGCUUGGCAUGCCAUCGGAGCCAGUAUCAUUUUGGUGACGCUUAUCACCACGCUUUUGACACGACUGCAACGCGGCGAGUGGCACUUCGGACGUCUGGGCUUGGAUGUGUGGGCUAGCUUUAUAUACCUGGCGUUUGAUCUGCGACCGUUGGAAACACGCUUGCGCUCUCUUAUAUUUCUAACGCUCUUCGUUAGCGGUUUUAUGCUCAACAAUUUAUACCUCGGCUACCUGUCGAGCAUACUCGGUAAGAGUGUUUACGAGCCCCAAAUUAAGACACUCGAAGACUUUCAGCGCAGCAAUCUAACCAUUAUGACUCAUGAGAAUCAAUAUUAUGUACUUCAGAAAUAUGGCGUACCACAGAUUGUGGCCGAUCGCUUGUUUAUUGCCAGCUAUGAUGAAUAUCAACGUCAUCGCAACAAUUUCGACACUCGCUAUGCCUAUAUGAAUCCAGAGAUAUCACAAACUCUAUUUGAUUAUCAGCAAAGGCUUUUGCGGCGCCCACUCAUGCGCAAAUUGGACAAACCGAUAACUUCACUACUGACAGCACAAGCCAUUAGGAAGGAUUGGCCGCUGGAAGAACUCUUCAACAAACAUUCUUUAGAAAUGUACGUCGUUGGUCUGUACAAACGCUUCAUUGGAGAUGCGAACGAGAAAACAAUACGUUUAGGUUAUGCUAAUGAUGCGAAAGAAGAGCCUACGGAGGUCAAACCUUUGGGUCUGGAGUAUUUCGCUAUGCCAGCGGUGUUGUUGGGCUGUGGCUAUACUUUGGGCUUAAUUGCGCUGCUGCUGGAGCUAUUGCUUUCAAAAAUGAAGAAUCGUCGUGAGAAUAUAGAUGCAACAGCACAAAAACAGAUAUAAAAUGUUUAUUCAGUAUUAUAAAGUACAAAAUAUUCAAGUAUUAAAUUUAUUAUCAAAUACAGUCAUAUUCUUUUAAGACAAAAUAAAAUUGUUUGUAACACCUGAAAUAAAACUAGUUAAGAAUUAAAUAUUUCGAAUUAUCCAGGAUGACGAGACGAUUUGAAAUUCGAAUGUCUGUCCGUAUUGAAACUUGGAAACUUUGCACAGAUUCCUUGUAGAAUCUCUAAGUUGUAUGGAAAAUAUGGUACAAAGUGGAUGCACUCACAUUGGUAUGAAAAUUGAAAGUCAAAAA